AGGCGUUGUGGCACAAUGGUAUUGAAGGCAGAACUGAAGUCCACAAACAGCAAUCUCACAUACGAGUCCCUUCUCUCCAGGUGGGUGAGGGCCGAGUGGAGGGCAGAGCAGAUGGCAUCCUCAGAGGACCGUUUGGCUCGUGUGAAAAUGUCUGCAAGGACCACAGGAAAGUACGUGAAGAAAAAGGACCGUAGUUGUCGACGACUGGAAAAUCUUUGGCUGCAGCCUUAUGUUGUGUUGCGCAGAGCAGACAUCAGUGAAGCUAUUUGUACGAAGCGGCAGGAGCCAGAGCGCACUCGCAUUAAAGAGGAAGAUGUGGGCAAAGAGGUCCAUCACUUCAAUGAACAAAUGGAGCAGAAGUUUCUUUGCAUAAUAAAAGAGGAGGAAGAGCCGGAGCGGCCUUGUAGUAAAGAGGAGGGAGAGGAGUCCUGCGACAUUAAAGAGGAGGAGGAGGAGGAUACCUGCAAGAUACCAUUGACUGGUGUUCCUGUGAAGAGUUUUGAUGAGGGUCAACAGGAGGUGAGCAAAGGGGCGGAGCCUCCAAGCUGCAGCUCAAGUCAAACAAUGACCAGAGAAGGUGAUGGAGAUCACUGUGGAGGAUCACGAGCAGCUCCACCAUUAGAUAGAUUAGAUGUGUCAGAUAGUCAUGACGUGUUGUCACAUAUUCCUGCUGCUGCUGAGUCUCAAAACAAACACAGGCAAUGUUCUCAGUGUGGGAAAUGUUAUGCUAAUAACAGUGUUUUGAACCGACACAUGAAAAUGCACACUGGCGAGAAACCUUUUUCCUGCUCAGUUUGUGGCCAAAGAUUCUCUUACAAGAACGUUUUAAAAAGCCACACAAGAAUCCACACUGGCAAGAAACCUUUUUCCUGCUCAGUUUGUGGCAAAAAAUUUUCAAUGAAGGGAGCUCUGAAUUUGCAUUCAAAAAUCCACACUGACGAGAAACAUUUUUCAUGCUCAGUUUGUGGCCAUAAAUUCUGGCAAAAGGAACACUUAAAAAGUCACAUGAGAAUCCACACUGGUGAGAAACCUUUUUCAUGCUCAGUUUGUGGCCAAAAAUUAUCUCAGAAGGGAAACUUAAAAAGUCACACAAGAAUCCACACUGGUGAGAAACCUUUUUCAUGCUCAGUUUGUGGCCAAAAAUUCUCUCAGAAGGGAAACUUAAAAAGACACACAAGAAUCCACACUGGCGAGAAACCUUUUUCCUGCUCAGUUUGUGGCCAAAAAUUCUCUAACAAGAUAAGCUUAAUCAAGCACACAGUAGCCCACAAAAUGGAGAUCCAGGAGAUGAGUAAUUCCCAACAUCUUUUGACACAGGUAAGUGUGAAAAUGUCUGCAAGGACCACAGCAAAGUACAUGAAGGAAAAGGACCGUAGUUGUCGACGACUGCAACAUCUUUGGCUGCAGCCUUAUGUUGUGUUGCGCAGAGAAGACAUCAGUGAAGCUAUUCGUCCGGAGCGCACUUGCAUUAAAGAGGAAGAUGUAGGCAAAGAGGUCCAUCACUUUAAUAAACAAAUGGAGCCGAAGUUUCUUUGCAUCAUAAAAGAGGAGGAAGAGCCUGAGCGGCCUUGUAGUAAAGGGGAGGGAGAGGAGUCCUGCAACAUUAAAGAGGAGGAGGAUACCUGCAAGAUACCAUUGACUGGUGUUCCUGUGAAGAGUUUUGAUGAGGGUCAACAGGAGGUGAGCAAAGGGGCGGAGCCUCCAAGCUGCAGCUCAAGUCAACCAAUGACCAGAGAAGGUGAUGGAGACCACUGUGGAGGAUCACAAGCAGCUCCACCAUCAGAUAGUGAUGACGCGGCGUCACAUGCUGCUGAUGAUGAGUCUCAAAACAAACACAGGCAAUGUUCUCAGUGUGGGAAGUGUUUUGCUAAUAACAGUGUUUUGAAACAACACAUGAAAAUGCACACAAGAGAGAAAAACUUUUCCUGCUCAGUGUGUGGCCGAAAAUUCUCUUGGAGGCAAAAUUUAAGUAGGCACACAAGAAUCCACACUGGUGAGAAACCUUUUUCAUGCUCAGUUUGUGGCCAGAAAUUCUCAGAGAAGGGAACCUUAAAAAGGCACACAAGAAUCCAUACUGGCGAAAAACCUUUUUCAUGCUCAGUUUGUCGCCAGAAAUUCAGUCACAAGGGAAACUUAAAAAGUCACACAAGAAUCCACACUGGCGAGAAACCUUUUUCAUGCUCGGUUUGUGGCCAAAAAUUCAGUCAGAAGGAAACCUUAGAAAGGCACACAAGAACCCACACUGGCGAGAAACCUUUUUCAUGCUCAGUUUGUGGACAAAAAUUCUCUCAGAAUGGAAGUCUAACAUUUCAUACAAGAACCCACACCGGCGAAAACCCUUUUUCAUGCUCAGUUUGUGGCCAAAAAUUCAGAAAGAGUGCAAAUUUAAAAAUGCACACAAGAAUCCACACUGGUGAGAAACCUUUUUCAUGCUCAGUUUGUGGCCAAAAAUUCAGAAAGAGGACACAUUUAAAAAGGCACACAAGAAUCCACACUGGUGAGAAACCUUUUUCAUGCUCAGUUUGUGGCCAAAAAUUCUCUCAGAAGGCAAACUUAAACAGUCACACAAGAAUCCACACUGGCAAGAAACCUUUUUCCUGCUCAGUUUGUGGCCAAAAAUUCUCUCACAAGAUAAGCUUAAUCAAGCACACAGUAGCCCACACCUAAUGUUAGAAUAAUUAGGAACCGUUGGUCUCAUAUCUACGCUCAAGCCAACAUAUCUGUCUAGCUUUAAGGAGUUCUUAUACUCCCUUCCUUUUCUUAGCUGUGAGAGGCCCUCACUAGUUAUGAACAGAACACUUUUGUUCUUUGUAUAGUUCAAUAAAAGUUAUUUCUCUUUUAUACCUUGUAGUUUCUAUUCAUGAAUUGUUGUUGACCGGGACCGUUUUUAAGUUAUCCCUGCCUUUUUGUUCCACGACUUUGUCGGUCAGUCCUGUUGUUGGUUUUGUUGUACCAUGAUUUUCUUAAAAAAAAAAAAAAAAAUUGUACCCAUGUAUAAUGCGCACCCCAGAUUUUAGGACAAUAAAUUAGUUAAAUUUUGCGCAUUAUACACGGAAAAAAACGGUAUAUUGAUUCUAUUAGAAUUAAUUUAACUCGAGUGGUCAGAGACGGAUGAGGGCCUUUACCCCGGCUUGUCGAACCCUUUAAUGGGAAGCCGGUCACUUUGAUAAAAAGUGCACGUUUGACACCGUAUUCCCAUGGUCAAGCCACUUCUGAAACGUCUGACAUGGGCUAUCGAAAAGAAGCAGUAGACAGUUGCAGAGUGGUCCAAAGUCCUCUUUUCAGACGAAAGCAAGUUUUGUGUUUUAUUCGGAAAUCAAGGCGCCAAAUUCUGGAGAAAGGCCGGAGAGGAGCAAAAGCCAAGUUGCUUGAAGUCCAGUGUAAAGUUUCUACAGUUGGCGAUGGUUUGGGGAGCCAUGUCAACUGCUGGUGGUGGUCCACUGUGUUUCAUCAAGUCUCAAGUAAAUGCAGAGAUUUUAGAGUACUACAUGUUUCCGUCGGCUGAAAAGCUCUAUGGAGAUGAUGAUGUCAUUUUCCAGCAUGAUCUGGCGCCAGCCUACAGUGCCAAAACCACCAGCAAAUGCUGUACUGACAGUAGCAUUACUGUCCUCGAUUGGCCUGCCAAUUCCCCUAACCUGAACCCCAUAGAGAACUUGUGAGGUAUUGGGACGAAGAAGCUCAAAGACACCAGACCCAACAAUGCAAAUGAGCAAAAGGCUGCUAUUGAAGCAUCCUGGGCAUCCAUGACACCUCAGCCAUGCCAAAGGCUAAUUGCCUCCAUGCCACGCCGCACUGAUGCAGUAAUCCGUGCAAAAGGAUUGCCAACCAAGUACUGAGUGCAUUGAUGGACAUUUUUAAAUGUUUGAUUUUGUUUAGUGGUUAUAAAUGGUUUUAUUUUUACUUGGUCUGAGGACAUAUUCUAAUAUUCUGAGAUGGGAUAUUUGAGUUUUCUUAAGCUGUAUGCCAUAAUCAGCAAUAUUAAAAUAAUGCUUGCAAUAUUUCAGUUGAUUUGUAAUGAAUCCAGAAUGUAUGACAUUUUGGUUUUCUUAAUUGCAUUACAGAAAAUAAAGAACUUUAUCACAAUA